CUUUAUUGGUAAUCAUCAUAAUUAUUAACAAAAAUCAGUUUUAUUUUCAUUGUAGUGCUUUAUGAUAUACAAUAUUUUUUGUUUGAUUCCCUGGCGCAAAGACAAAUAAAUCUGAUGGUUUUCCAACACGGGAACAGGCAACAUACAAUUGACCAUGGGAGAAACAUGGGUUUUCCAGAUUAAUACCACAAACACUUAAUGAUUGCCCCUGGGACUUGUUUAUGGUCAUAGCAAAAGCAAGCCGCACUGGAAACUGUAGUCUUUUAAAUUCGAAUGGCACAUCAGUCGGAAUCAUUGGGAUGCGCGAUAAAUAAAUUAUUAAAAGGCAAAAAAGAAGUAACAACAAAAAAUAUUGUCUACCAUUCACCAUGUUUAAAACCAGAACAUUUCAUAAGGGAUUCAAAUUUAGAAAUUAAUUAUGUUAAAACUGGAAAACUGGAUGUGUUCAAGCAUUGGAUGCAGGAGUUACAAAUGACAGAAGAUAUAGAAAAAGAAUUUCCAACAAAUACUAAAUUAAUUUUAAGAAACAUUAGUAUUGUUAAGGGAAUUUGGGAUUUAUCCAAAACCUCAACUGGACCUCUUAUGAAAAUAUACAAUUCAUUUAACUAUACACAGGACGUGAAAUAUGAUGCAAGGAUACUAGUACUUCCCCUCCAAAAUAUGGAUUUUAAACUUGUGAUAAUCGUGCCAAACGAAGUUGAUGUUUUGAAUAAUCUUUUCGAAAAACUGAAUACAAAAGGCUUAACUGCUGCCAUUAAUAGUGUACAGCCAUUGUUCACUGCAACAUCUGAAUUGAAAGCACCAUGUGUAAAUAUCGUAUCUGAAAUAGGACUACAAUGUCAGAACACCAAUAACAUUGUGGACAAAACUGCAGCUCAAAUCGGAAUAGCAAAUAUCGACAAUACAGGUGUUCAUCUAGAGGUUGUGACUAGUAUAUACUCUGCAUUGUCCAAAACAACAUCAAUAAAUGAGGGAUCCAAAGUGGAAAAUCCAUUUUAUUUUGCUGUAACUUAUCAAGAUACGCCUAUAUUCACGGGACAGUAUUCUCAAGACUAGUAUAUAAGUAUAUACAAUGUGAACACUGGUGCUAAUGUUUAUGCUUUUUAUAAAAGAUUGUUAAUAAAAUUAUACAUUAAUA